AUGCCGGAUGACGGCAUACUCGUGGCAGGCAUGACGCAGGUGGGCUACUACAGCCGCACACGCUUCCCAGUCUAUAAGCCGAAGACAUACCUGACAUCAUCCUACUUCGGCAACCUGGGCUUCGCGUAUCCAUGCGCGCUGGGUGCGAAGGUCGCCAACCCGGACAAGGCGGUUGUGGCAGUGUCGGGCGAUGGUGGCUUUAUGUACAACGUGCAGGAACUGGCGACAGCGGUGAUGUACGGCAUCAAAUGCGGUGGUCGUGGUGUUCAACGAUAG